AUGGUUCUCGGGGAUUUCAGCGUAGGUGGGAAACUUGCUGUUAUAACGGGGGCUGGCUCAGGGAUCAACCUUGAGUUCGCGAAGCUGUGUCAGAAGCAUGGGUGCCGAGUGCUGGCUGCGGAUAUUAGAUCAACGCCAGAGCUUGAGGAAUGGCUACGAGAAGUCAGAGGAGCAGAAACUAAAGUUGUUUAUCAACAGACAGACGUGGUGCAAUGGGAUCAGCUCAAAUCCUUACUAAAAGUCUCGGAAAGAGAGUUCGGCGAGGCCCCUGACCUAUUUGUGGCUGGAGCUGGAAUUUUCGAAGCGAGAGGACCUUCAAAUUUCUGGGAGGACCUCGAAGAUGACCACUACCGACUGCUUGAUGUCAACGUUGGACAUGCCAUUCAGCUUACCCGCAUUGGCAUUCGAGAGCUUCUUCGAUAUAAAAAGAAGGGGGCGAUCUUGAUUGUGGGAUCGCUUGCUGGGUAUACUCCCAACUUCACUGCACCGCUCUAUGUUGCUUCAAAACAUGCCAUCACAGGCUUUGCCAGGUCGCUGGCUGAUUUAGACGAGAUUGCCGAUAUCAAAGUGGUCGCUUGUGCUCCAGGCAUGGUGUAUACAAGAAUAUGGACGGAUGCUCCGAAGGCAAUGGAGGAGUACAACAUAACCAAGGAAGUCUGUGCUCAGCCAUCAGAAAUAGCCGGUGCAAUGCUGUCAUUGGUCCAAUCAUCCCAGUGGCCUGCAGGAACCGUCCUGGAGGUUGCAAAAGGGCAACGUUGGAGGAACAUUCCGGCCUUUUACGCAGAACCGCCUGCUGGAGCAGGGGUCAAACCGGAACAGAACGAAGCUGAGAGACGGAUCAUAGCUCUCUUGGAGGCAGAGAGACAACACUAA